AUUGACUGGAAAAUAAAAGCCUCCUUUGAGACCAUCCAGAUCUACUCACGUGCGUUAUAAUGCUCAUGCGUGGACAAGCCAAGAUUUCACAAUCACACACAGCUAGCCAUUUUCGUUCAUUUUACCAUUUUACAGAAUACGCAAAAAGGAAACUUACGAAGCGUCUCGUUUGUUUACAUUUUUGUUGUUUUUUGUCCUAGGUUCAAUCUUUGUUUGUGACUUUGGAGGAUCCAGGUAAUUCGGUUAGGAAUCUUCGCACUAGGCAUGGCUGACUCGGCCAUAACAAACUACAAGUCACUCCUCCGGGAGAUUGCUCGCGGCCUAACCCCCCAAAAUGUACACGACAUGGCCUUUGACCUGGACUUUGAUGCGGCUACCAACAUCAGCACCGGCACUCACUUCCUGCAGGAGAUGCAAAACAGGGACAAGCUGAGCGAGGAUAAUUUGGGUCCCUUGAAGGAAGCACUGGAGGGACAGAAACUCCUCAGGCUCGUCAAGAAGGUGAACCAGUUUGAAGAGGCGCGGAAACCAGUGAACACUGAAGACCCACUGAGCAAGACGUGGCCAUCUUCAACUUUCGCUCAGCAGCCGCCUCCUGCAGACAAGCAAAGGACCCAGAGCGUCACGACUGAUCCGACGUCACUAGCCCAGCCAAUGCCUCCACCUCAAGCAAGGAUGCCGCAAUAUUACCCAAACCCACAAGGAGUGGCACCCCCGAUGGCCGAUUUCCACUGCACCGUGGAAAUGCCACGGCACCCAUUGAACCCUCAGCCAUAUCCAGUAGAGGCACACCCUACACGAGACAACCAGCCGAUCCAGAUGGCCAAUCCCAACCAGACGGUGCACGGCCAAGUUCCACAGAUCGGCAUCCCGAGUCGGCAAGGGGUGGGCACCCCCGGUUACAUCCCCACCGGGAGUGGAGACAACGACCCGCGAGAACUCCAACGCAUGAUCGAGCUGCUACAGGAAAAAGUGAAGCUGCAAGAUCAGCUGCUGCAAAACAGCCAUCACCAAGUCCCGCCGACGGCAAGCCUGCCCUCAGGGGCGCAAUACCCUAGCAUGAAUCUUCCCGGUAGUACCCAACCUUACGUGGGUAAUCAGCAUGCACCCGAUCAGCGUUCACGGAUCCACUCCUACCCCCAAGCAGUGGGGCAGGCCCAACCUCAAAGCAGCACCUCCACCCAUGCCAGGCUUUCUGCCGUCAAAUCAGCCCCAUGCAGUACAUAUCCAACCAACCAACCAGUUCCCCCGCUUGCCUCUGAGCCGGAGGCAUGUUUGAAACCUGUCCAAACUCCUCCCAACAUAGGAGACAAAGUCUUGAACAUACCUUUGGAGAAUGUGAAUGAAGGCACUGUGAAAUCCUCAUCAAAUGGUACAAAGAUACCCGACCGAGAGGCAGCUGUGAACACCAAUCAGACAUACCAGACGGGCAGAGUCUGCACUGGUUCAGAGGAGAACGGACUGGAUUCUGAAGCAAUAGCUGUGCAGCCCAUGACGCUGCAGAGCAUGGACAACACCCAGCAACUUCUGUCAAUGCUAGUUGGAAGGCAGCUCCGGUGUUCUGAAGUUGACAGUUUUAAGAAUGAGCUGUUCCAAGUGAGGAUUCCAGAAGGGUUGCACUAUACGACCACCGAGGGUCAGUUUGUGGUCCUCAACCAUGACACUGACUACAGGAUCCAGCUCUCCAACAGUGACCAGCGUUUGCGUUGCAGUGCCGUCGUCCACUACAACGGGAGAUUCGCCGGAGAUUGGACCCUCGAUCCCAGGGGCACCAUCAUCAUCGAAAGACCCGCCACGGAGGCAAGAAAGUUCCACUUCGUCGAGGCGAGCCUUGCCCCUCAAGGGUCAGGCAUCAGAGAAGGAGAUCCUAACAAUGGCCGGAUCAAGGUGACAUUCACCCCAGAGAAAAGGACGGCAGAACCAUGGAACGACGUCAGCAGAGGCUUUAGCAACUUUGGCAGUGAGCCAGAGACCGACUACUUCGGUGUGUACGACAGCACUGGUCCUUCCACAAACGACAUUCAGCGAAGUGUUAUGGGACCUCCCCCGACCGACUGGCAACUCGGCGCCACCAUACUACAGGGUCGAAGUAGCCAGGAGUUCACGGUCUCGGAGCAGUUUGAGCUGGACGAGUCGCGAAACAAGGUCAUCGAGUUGCGGCUCGUUGGAAGACGCUGAUUGCACAUGACACAGUUGUUAUUUUAAAAGUGAUGGAUAUAAUUUAAACCCGCCGUUAACCUGUUGUGGAUUAAUGGCACAAAGGCAACUGUGGAGUUUAGGAUCCUUUUUGUCCCCUUAGCAAUUAAAAAAAAAAUCAUGCCCAUACAACCUUUGCAAACUGGUCUUCUUUUAAUUAUAAAAACCUACAUCAUAAAACAGUUUAGGAAGUUUUUUCUUUGAACAAAAUGCAACAUUUUCACCCAGUUUUCUUCAAACUAGUGCAUUUCAUAAACUCUUGCGUUGGAGCUGGUGGGCCAGUCAGAAAUGGCUUCUGAUUCAGUAGCCCCUGGUGUUAACUUAGCAACGGUCCACCAAACCAGCUUGGAUAUUGCCGCCACCUUCAUUUGUGGUGCACACUUAUCACUAUUGUAAUUUUUGGCCCACACUUUUCCUCAACAAACAACGCCAUGUCGUCUUGCCAAAAAAUUAAUCUUGCUGGCCCUGGACGGACUGUCAGAAUUUUGUUCUUUUAAAAGGCAGAAACUCCACAAUUACCAGUCCACUGUCAAGUAUUAAUGCAUAAUUAUGCACAACCGUGCCAUUGGUUGAUACGCAUAUAAGCUUCCAUUUGUAGUCUUGCUAGCCGUUUUUGUCAAAAUCACACUGGCUUUUCCGUCUUUUAUGAAAUAUUUUAAUCUGCGACCAAUUUCAUAGAGCUGCUUAAGCACAAAAUAUGCUCAAGUGCGACAAAAACCUUAUUUGAUAAAUCAGGUAACCAGUCAAAUAUCAAUGUGAUGUUUAUUGUUUUGGGGUCAUACUUAGCUGUCUUUUGGCUAGCGUAACAAUCUUUGAGCUGGUAACCUUUGUUUGUCAGGCAAAGUUCUUUCCUGCUUAUAAGCAAAUUUUGUGCUUAAGCAGCUCUAUGAAAUUGGCCCCUGCUUUUCACUGCUCGCAAAAAUCUGUAAAUUAAAAUUAAAGCUUGUUUGUUUACCAGCUCUGUACGUUCAUGUCAAGAUUUGACAGUUGUGACUGCCACGGCACCACCAUUUCAUUUGCAGAUAUAAUCACACAUCUAAGCAUUAUUUCAACCAAAACUGUUGUCCACCAUUUCUGUGUAUGCAAUUCAAAGAUUGAUAGCAAUACUAGUUUUAGCAUACGUGAGGGAAAGCAUUGUAGUGCAAAUGGGUUAUUAGAUGGCCACAACUGCACUGUGUAAAGAGACUUUUAAUAAUUCGGUUCUGUUGGUGUGCCCUUGGACGUAGUGAGCAUAAAGUUAUUUUAUUGCAGUGUAUGGUACCUUUCUAUGUGUGCUGUUUUUGGGUACGUUGGUUGCAAGAUGGGCUUCACUCUCAUGGACGCAGACUUUGAUAACACAAGUGUGUUACAGUUGGCUGUCAAAAUGGCCAGGGGAGCAAUUUUGAUGGGUACGCAACGUGGCGCAAGUGAUGACGGGCAUAUUAUGGUACCUUUAAGAGUGGCAGGGUAUUUUUUUUCUUGAUAUCCCAGUGUGUGAGAUUGUGGUAUGCUUGCAUUCCGUCAAUAUUUUCCUCUCUUGCUGUUAUUUUUGUAUUUAUUAUUGUUUAAUUUUAUUUAACCAACAAGACAGUUACUCUUUCCGUGUAAUAAAAGACAGUCCCUUUUACUUAUUCUGUGUUUGUCAAACAAAUCUAGCUUCCUUUCCUGAUGGGUUUGUAUCUCUUGUGAGCUUGAGUGUUAUCUUCGUUUGAGGCUUUAUAUUGUGCAUGUAAGAGGUGUCCUCAAAGUAAGUUUUUGAAUUUUCCAAAAUUGACUGUUUGCACUUUGCAGGGAAAGGGCAGUGUUCUAUAAGUUUAGUGUAAAAGGAAAAGCAUCACUGGUUCUACAUAUUUUAAGGGCUAGAUCAAAUGCUUCAAGUUUGAACUGUUUGAAAUAAUGUUCAGCAAGCGAGCUUUUCAAUCAUUUUGUAGCGUACAUUCAUUGCCUGGUUUCCAUUUUUAGCUCACUUUGGACAAUACGGGCAAUUCACAAUAGUUCGUCUCCAAGAGUUUGCAACCCGUUUGCCAAUCACGGUGGUGCACGAACUCCGUCGACCCAAUGCGUGUUUGGAAAUUGUCGACAGAUUUUACGAUCGGCGGCCAACGCGUUGCAAACUUGUAGGGUCACUGCACUAUUGUGAAUCACCCGUAUUAAGGAUCAAUUAUACAGAAAGUUAACCUGGCUCAUUUCUUUGUAAAGGUUGUUUGCCUAGUUCUUAGAACUUCUCUUAAUUCUUCAUCAACAGAAAAAGUUUGAGGGCUGGACUUUUCCAUUUUUGAAGGGGGCAGGUAAAUUGGAUUUCCCAAAACCUGUGAGAACCACCCCUGAUUUCACAUCCUUGAAUGCUUCCAUCGUGUUUUACAAAUUUUAAGAUGUCAAGUGAACUACAGCAGUGUAACACUCAUAAAAUGUGUCUUUUUUUAUGUUCGAACACAAAGUUAAACUUACGUAUGUGUUUUAAAGCUGUGUGCUAGGUCACCUAUAAGUUUUUUAAUACUAUAAAUGUUGUUCCCAUUGUCGCUUUGAAUUCAUGUGUGAUGUAAUGUAUAUUUGAACAGUGCAAAGAAACAUUUCGCAUAAAUUUCGGGGUGGGCACCUGAGGGUGCACUUUUUUUUAGGAAGAUACUCGAUAAGUGAAAUAAACUGGCUUGUAUUGGUUGUUACGAUGUCAAAAUGUCAAAUUGGGGGUGGGUAGGGGGUUGAGGCAUGUUAGGGGGAGGGGUACUGACUCUCCCCUCCUCCCUGGAAGCUAGGGACACCUCUAGUUGACAACAGUGUCCUUGUUUCAAGAUCACUUCAAUGCUAUGCAGUACAUUGUACUUAGUUUGAAACAAAUAAAAACAGCACUCAAAGUUGGAUUCCUCAACUCAUGAUGUACUAAGAGAGACGUGUAUAGUACUGUUUUGCACGUGCUUAAUGCUUGCCAUUGGAUAUGCAUGAAAUAAUGUGGUGAAUAUUAAGAACACGUUAAUUGCAUAACUUCCUAAUAUUGAGUGUAGUUGGGUUUAAAAUGUUGUGAUUAUUAUGUGUAGAAGCGCACAUUGCAUACUGGAUUGAAUUUGUCACAAACCCACAAGCAUUGCCAAUAAAAAAAUGGAAAAAAGAAA